AUUUAGACGGAGAAACCCGACGCUAUGCUGCAGCCAUGGGCAAAGGUGCGGGGCAGAGUUCACGAAGGUCGGCCAAGCAAGCACAGGGCUAUUUGUCCGAAGGCGUGCGGAUGUACCAAGCAGGGCGCAGCCGCUUCCAAUCCAAGGUCCUCCUCCGAGCCAAGGAGCUCUUGGCCUAUUCCGUGGCGCUGUCUCCAUCGCCGGCAGGCUUCUUCUACUUAGGAAAUACGCUGAACCUUCUUUCGCGGCCAAAGUCUGCCGCGCGCGCGUACCUGGAGUGCCUACGUUUGGACCCCACCUCUGCUGCAGCACACCAGAAUGUGGCGCAGGUGUUUGAUGACCUUGGCAACUGGACAGCGGCCCACGCCCAUUACCACCAUUGGGCGCUGCUGGAGCCCAGGUCUGCCAAGGCCAAGAAAGCCCUGGCGCUGUCGUACCUUUGGGCGCAUUCUGAGCGGCUUCAGGAGGGCAGCCAGCUCUGCAAUGAGGCUGCGGAGCUGGAGCCCGACCCAUCAAUACCGUUCGACUGUGCGCAGUUGCUGGUGCUGUUGCUGCCGCCCAGUGCAGAGGCAGAACUGAUGGACCCUGGCCAAAGCCCGUGGGAGUUGGCUGACCCCAGCAGCUCCCAUUGGAUGGCUCACAUUGAGCCGAAGUUCCGUCGCGCCCAGGAGACUGCUUUCAGAUCUUGGCGGGGAGGUCCCAGGCCGUUGCCAUGGAAUGGCCAGGCUGCGGCUUUGUGGUCGGACACGCCGACAUUGUGCCGCAAUGGGGGAUUGGUCGUUCGUGACCCGCAGCUCAUGGCAGAUGGCGGCGAGGCCUCGCUCGAGCUGUCCAGUGGCGGCGCAGUGUAUGGCCAGCGAGUGCCUCCGACUUUUGGGGGUCCCUUCACCUGGGCCGGGCAGCGCUACUUGGAGCGGAGUGUCCGCUUGUCGAGGGUCAACGACGUGAUGAUCAGCGGCAACGAAGGUGUCAUCACCAAGGGGUGCCAAAUCCUGGUGCCCUACUAUGACAAGCAGGUGCCCUGGCAUGAGAAUCUGCCACACCGUGCCACUCCGGAAGGGGUGCUCUGGCUUCCGGUGGCGUUGUGGCUGUUGGUCAUGUUCCCUGCCAACUUCUUCAGCUUCCUAGUGGAUGAGCUGGCUCGACUGGCCGUGUGGCUGACAGUCAGCAAGCAGCGCAUCCCCCUCUUGGUUCCUGCUGAUCGGGGCACCUUGAAGUCCUUCAUGUAUGACUGGUUCACACUACUUGGAGGAUUCGAAGUGAUUCCAUAUGAUGUCCGCCCACACUUCAUGGGAGCAGCCCGUGUUGCGGAGCCUCGCUUUUUGGUGCGAGAGCUACAUAUUGUGGACUGGUUUGAUGCCCCUAGCGCUUCAAGACGAGAGGACGUGUUUCUGCUGCCACCGCGCUGGGCUUUGCAACAGCUGUUCCAUCAUCUGCUGCUUGUAUUCUGGGCACGGUUUUUUCAGGGUAUGAAAGCGCCCCAGCCAGGGAUCCCGUGUGCCCAAGGCGGCAGCUGGCAGUUGGCCAAGCGGGGCUGGCAACGCCCGGCGAAGGCGCAAAGCGCCUGCUGUGGAUUCAGAGGAAGACAGCGACGACCCGGCGUGUUACCAACGAAGAGGCAUUGUUGGGCGCCCUCGUGUCCUAUCUGGGCCCAGGCUGGCAACUGGAGACCUUCUCUGACGUGCCGCCCGCGCCCAGUGCUCAUGAGGCCGUACGUCUUUUCCGCUCAGCUGACGUGGUCGUGGGACUGCAUGGGUCCGGGCAAGCGAACAUCGUGUUUUGCAGACCCGGCACCGGCAUUGUGGACAUCAAUUUGCCAGAGCCGCACUCGCAGUACGCAGCCCACAACAGCUAUGCACUCGGCUUCGUGUAUCGCCUGGUGAUGCUGAGGGGCGUCGGGCUGCACCAAGCGGUGAACAUCACGGUGCCGGUGGAGGACGUGCUGGAUGCCCUCAGGAGCCUGCCAGGCAUCAGAAGCUCAACGCCAAAGCAGGAGGAGCGGACAUGUGAUGGAGAA